GGAGAGAGAGAGAGACCAAGCAAGUGAGAGUGAGUGAGAGAGAGAGAGCACAGUCUCGAUGUGUGGAAUUCUUGGGCAGACAUUGCAACCAUUACACCUCUUCCUUCUGUUCUGCCUCAGUCACUGUCUGUGGAAAAGGGCUAUUACUUACUGCAAACGGAGGACUCCUUCUACAGAAGCCAAGAGAAAGAAAGAAAGAGGAAAAAAGAACUAAAACAACAACUGGACAGCAGGAACAAACUGACUGCCUUCCCUGUUUAAAAGCAUAGAAGAAAAACGGAAGGCACUGGAGUAUUUGUUUUUUUCUUUCGUUUUGUAUUUUUCUUCUUUCUCAUUGUGGUGCUUGGAGGCACAUCAUCUUUUCAUUUAUUUGCGCUCUCCAUCAUUUGCCUCCUGAUCUAUUUCUCCAUCUAUAUGGUGUAUAAUUUUGUCUAUUUAUGACGAGACAGGAGAGAAGAGAAAGAAGGGGCAAGUUUUUUGACUCUUUCACUCAUUUUUAACAAUUUAUGACCCCCUUUAUUCAUUCACCUGUCCCUCCUACCCAUCUCUCUCCUCUGAUCAUUCCCUCUUUCUUCCAUCCCUCCCUUCAUCCCAAAACUGUGAUGCUCCCUGAAUGAAAGUUGGUUAGAAUUGUGAAGGAGACUCAAAAACCAUCUCCGCAUCUCCUUAUCAGUUUUGUAAUUUGUUUCUUUCUCUCCCCCUUUUUUUUUUAAACAAUUCUUUUAGUCCUCCACCAUCUACCCUCACGUAUCAUUCUUUUUUUCCCUGGAUGCUUUAAUAUUCUUCUAGUGUCAUGAGAAGGAGCCAGCAAAGGACGUACAUGGAUACCUGAACCAAUUAAGACCAGAGGUCACUGCUUCAGAUUUUUUCACUAUACUGGCCAUCCAGCAGCUCCAGAGUUUGUGGACUUGUUCACUGAUCAAAAUGGACUUUUAGACUAAUCAAGAAACAUCUUCUUUUCACCCCUUUUUUCACUUUAUAUCACAUUUUGUAGCAAGUGCAGGCUUUGUCCGAGACUUUGUCCUGGUUCGUUUUCCAUUUUAAGUACAUUUCUUAGAUUUGAUAUAAGACUUUCAACUUCAUUGACUGAACAUUGUUUGCAUAGCUCAAACACUUGAAGACUUGUCUUUUAUUUAUGUCGUUAUUUGUGAGCCAGGCAUCUUUCUUACUUUUCUCGAGUGACUUUUCUUAAUAGUUUUGAUUCAAAAGACAAUUCCUGUGCUCAGUCAUCCAGCCUGGAUUUACCGUAGGACCUACACUUUCAUCCGCGGUCUCUGAACCAGUCCUACUUUUUCCUUAGCAGUCCCUCAAACUACUUCAGCGGUCAGCCACUCCUCCAUCCAGGGCUAUGAGAGGAAGAGACAAGACCCAGCUCACAUCAACAUGCAGGAGCUGAGGAGAGAAAAUGGGAGUUGGGCUGGCAAUGUUCAAGGGACUGUAUCUUCACUCCUCCGCCAUGCUUGUCAGCCUCCACCUCUCCUCUUCCCCUUUCUCCGACUGUCGCGUCCUGUCUUUCGUCUCCCUGGCUUCUUCCUCCAAACCACCCUUCUCCCUCUCGCUCCUUCUCCUCUCUCUCUUCUUCUUCCCCACCUGCGAGUCUCGCCGUGGAGGCGGGAUCGGGACACCCAUCGGAGGCAUGAGCCAAUCGAUAAUCAGCCCUCCUCAUUAUCCUCCACCAGGAGUCAAUCCAGUGGGUCCUCCUUUGCCACCAAAGUUUGGUCAAGGCCUUAGCAUCGCAGUGAUCCUUGUGGGAAACUCCAGCGAGGUGUCCCUCUCUGAAGGUCUGGAGAAAGAGGACUUCCUCCACGUGCCUCUCCCUCCGAAAGUCGACCUGGUCACAAUGAACGAAUCCGACCCCAAGAGUAUCAUAAACCGCAUCUGUGCUCUGAUGUCACGGAACUGGGUCCAGGGUGUGGUGUUUGGGGACGAUACCGAUCAGGAGGCCAUCGCCCAGAUACUGGACUUCAUCUCGGCUCAGACGCACAUCCCCAUCCUGGGCAUCCGUGGAGGCUCUUCCAUGAUCAUGGCAGCCAAGGAUGACCAUUCCAUGUUCUUCCAGUUUGGUCCCUCUAUAGAGCAGCAAGCCUCUGUCAUGCUUAACAUAAUGGAGGAAUAUGACUGGUACAUAUUCUCCAUCGUCACCACCUACUACCCUGGAUACCAGGACUUUGUCAAUCGGAUCCGGAGUACCGUCGAGAACAGUUUUGUUGGCUGGGAGCUGGAAGAGGUGCUGCUGUUGGACAUGUCAGUAGACGAUGGAGACUCAAAGAUCCAGAAUCAGAUGAAGAAGCUCCAGAGUCCUGUUAUACUACUGUACUGCACCAAAGAAGAAGCCAUGACCAUUUUCGAGGUGGCGCAUUCUGUCGGCCUCUCUGGUUAUGGUUACACUUGGAUCGUACCAUCUCUGGUGACAGGGGAUGCAGAUAAUGUACCCAGCGUCUUUCCAACAGGUUUGAUCUCUGUUUCCUACGAUGAGUGGGACUACGGACUGGAGGCUCGAGUGCGUGAUGCUGUAGCCAUUAUUGCCAUGGCAACCUCCACAAUGAUGCUGGAUCGGGGUCCUCACACGCUGCUUAAGUCUGGAUGCCACGGCACGCCUGACAAGAAAGGCAGCAAGUCAGCAAACCCCAACGAGGUGCUGAGGUACCUCAUGAAUGUGACAUUUGAAGGGCGCAACCUCUCCUUCAGUGAGGAUGGUUUUCAGAUGCACCCAAAGUUGGUUAUUAUACUGUUAAAUAAGGAGAGGCAGUAUGAAAGGGUCGGUAAAUGGGAGAAUGGGUCUCUGUCAAUGAAGUACCACGUGUGGCCUCGGUUUGAGCUCUACUCGGAUGCUGGGGAGCGGGAGGACGACCACCUGUCUAUUGUUACACUGGAGGAGGCUCCAUUUGUUAUUGUGGAGGAUGUUGACCCCCUCAGUGGCACCUGCAUGAGGAAUACAGUGCCGUGCAGAAAACAGCUCAAAAUCCAAAAUCAGACAAGAGAUUCGGGGAUCUACAUUAAACGCUGUUGCAAGGGCUUCUGUAUAGACAUCCUCAAAAAGAUUGCCAAGACUGUAAAAUUCACCUACGAUCUCUACCUGGUGACCAAUGGGAAGCAUGGCAAAAAGAUCAACGGCACAUGGAAUGGCAUGGUCGGAGAGGUGGUGUUGAAGAAUGCCCACAUGGCAGUCGGGUCCCUGACCAUUAAUGAAGAGAGGUCAGAGGUCAUUGACUUCUCUGUGCCCUUCAUAGAGACUGGGAUUAGUGUCAUGGUCUCUCGUAGCAAUGGCACAGUGUCGCCUUCUGCCUUUUUAGAGCCCUUCAGCGCUGAUGUCUGGGUAAUGAUGUUCGUUAUGCUGUUGAUAGUUUCAGCCGUGGCUGUCUUCGUUUUUGAGUACUUCAGUCCUGUUGGCUAUAAUCGCUGCUUGGCUGAUGGACGAGAGCCUGGCGGUCCUUCCUUCACCAUUGGAAAAGCUAUUUGGCUUCUUUGGGGUUUGGUCUUCAAUAACUCUGUGCCUGUGCAGAACCCCAAAGGCACUACGAGCAAGAUCAUGGUCUCGGUGUGGGCCUUCUUCGCUGUGAUUUUCCUGGCCAGCUACACUGCCAACCUGGCCGCAUUUAUGAUUCAAGAGGAAUAUGUGGACCAGGUGACGGGUCUGAGUGAUAAAAAGUUUCAACAUCCGAAUGACUUCUCCCCUCCAUUCCGCUUUGGUACUGUGCCCAAUGGCAGCACAGAGAGAAACAUAAGGAACAACUACAAAGAGAUGCACUCCUAUAUGACCAGCUUCCACCAGAAGAACGUAAACGAGGCCCUCCACAGCCUGAAGACGGGUAAAUUGGAUGCAUUCAUCUACGAUGCAGCGGUCUUGAACUACAUGGCUGGACGUGAUGAGGGCUGUAAACUGGUGACCAUCGGCAGUGGUUAUAUCUUUGCUACUACAGGGUAUGGCAUUGCCAUUCAAAAAGACUCAGGCUGGAAGAGGGCAGUGGACCUUGCCAUUCUGCAGCUCUUUGGAGAUGGUGAGAUGGAGGAACUUGAGGCCCUGUGGCUGACUGGCAUCUGCCACAAUGAGAAAAAUGAGGUGAUGAGCAGUCAGCUGGAUGUAGACAACAUGGCAGGUGUGUUCUACAUGCUGGGAGCUGCAAUGGCCCUGUCCCUAAUCACAUUCAUCGCAGAGCACCUCUUCUACUGGCAACUGCGAUUCUGCUUUAUGGGUGUGUGCUCAGGCAAGCCCGGCAUCACCUUCUCCAUCAGCAGGGGCAUCUACAGUUGCAUCCAUGGUGUUCAGAUUGAAGAGAACAAAUCAGCCCUUAACUCCCCAUCGGCCACUAUGAACAUGAGCAUGAACAACACCCACUCCAACAUUCUCCGUUUGUUGCGUACUGCCAAAAACAUGACCUCUGUGCCUGGGGUCAAUGGUUCUCCUCGCAGCGCAUUGGACUACAGCCAUCGUGAGUCAGCCGUUUAUGACAUCAGUGAACACCGGCGCAGCUUAGUAGGCCACACAGACUGCAAGCCUCCACCAUACCUGCCAGAGGACAACAUGUUCAGCGACUAUGUAAGCGAAGUGGAGAGGACUUUUGGGAAUUUGCACCUGAAGGACAGCAACCUGUACCAGGAUCAUUAUCUACACCACCAUGGGGGCACGGGAUCUGAACUGGCUCUUGGUAUGUCGGGUCCCCUGCCUAAUCGACCUCGUAGCUUAGGGAGUGCCAGUUCAUUGGAGGGUGGGUACGAUUGUGACAGCUUAGGGGGAGGGGUAGCGCCCAUCUUCACCACCCAGCCACGGCAGUCACUGACACAUCGGAACAGGGAAAAGUUUGACCUGAUCGCGGGUCACCCAACCCAGUCAAGCUUCAAGUCUGGCCUGCCUGAUCUAUAUGGAAAGUUCUCCUUCAAGGGUGGGGCAUCCAGUUCAGGGUUUAUUGCAGGACAUGACAGGUACUGCGGGGGAGGUGGGGUGGGAUCAGGAGGGGAUGAUGGAAACAUUCGAUCCGAUGUGUCUGAUAUCUCCACUCACACCGUGACCUACGGGAACCUCGAGGGGCAUGGCAAAAGGCGCAAACAGUACAGGGACAGCUUAAAAAAGAGACCCGCUUCUGCCAAAUCUCGCCGUGAGCAGGAUGAGAUUGAGCUUGGCUUCAGGAGACGACCCCACCAUACAAUCCAUCAUCAUCACCACCAUCAUCCAGCAACACAAGCCCACCGCUCAGCCACCCCACCCGUGGAGCGCAAAAGCCAGAGAGGUGGUAACUGCACCUCCUAUUUAUUCAGAGACAAAGAGAAUUUGAGGGACUUUUAUGUGGACCAGUUUCGAGCCAAGGAAGGGGCAACCCCAUGGGAACAUUUGGAUUUAAGUGAUGCUCCAGGAAUGGGUGGAGGAGUGGGACUGGGCGGAAGCAGUUGCAGUGGAGUAGUUAGUAGCGGUGGUGCUGGGGGAGCGUGCACUAGUUUGGUUCCCAUGGAAGAUUUCCUGAAAGAUAAGGUGAACCAGAACCCAUUCAUCCCAACCUUCGGCGAUGACCAGUGUCUAUUACAUGGUGCCAAAUCAUACUACGUCAAAAAGCAGCAGGCACAGCCGCAGCAGCAACAGAUGCCACAACAGCAGCAGCAACCACAGCUCCUCAACAACAGUCGGGCUGAAUUCCGGGGCUCCAUGGGGGUGACUUCCUAUUUGCCUGCCUCCGCAACUUCUGGGGUGUUGUCCAAUGUGGCCCCUCGGUUCCCCAAGGACCUAUGUCUGGGCGGGCCUCUUAUCAACCACCACAGUGGAGGACCUAACAACAAUAAGCUGCUGUCUGCAAGGGAUGGGUUAGGAAUGGGUCAAGGACAGAGACCAUUUAAUGGCUCGAGCAACGGACAUGUUUAUGAGAAGCUUUCCAGUAUAGAGUCUGAUGUCUGAAGAGGGGAGUCAGAAACAGAUAUAAAUGCAGAAAAGAAGCCAACGGAUAUGUGGAAUGAUCAUUGAGAGAAAACUGAUGAAAAGGCAGUGUGUAAUUAGUUCCUCCAUGUUCACACAAAGAAGAGGAAAGCGUAUGUGAGGAACUGACUCACGCUUUCAUUAAGUUAUGCUGCCAAGCAUACGUAUGUAAAUAGAGCAAGGGGACCUGCCCACUGUCAAAAAGUUGAGAUUCGGGGGGAAAACCUGUUUAUUCCUCUCUCUCUUUUUUUGUUUUUGUAUAUCCCACUAUUUCCCUGCUCCGAACAUCAAAAUAGUGGCCAAUCCAGAUGGAGACAACAAUGUACAAUCCUUUGUACAAUUGUGGAUGGAAAUCAGUUACUCUUUUUAAGCAACAGGGUAAAACUUACAAUAAUUGUACUGAUGUUCUUUAUAAUAAUAUUAUUAUAUAUUAUUACAAUGUUUAUGAUGUUUAAUUUGGGCUUGGUUUCUGGAUGUUUUAUGCUGUUAUAUAUUUGUACUGUAGUUUCAGUUCUUAGUUAACAAACUACUCUGCGGGAGCCUUUUUGAUUUGUCAACUGAGCUUAUUUGAUUGUUAAUUGAUUUGUAGACAAACUUGGAUUCCAUAAAGUUUCUUUAUUAUUGGUUAUUCAAGUUUAUUUGACCAGUAUGGAGUGCUGUAAAAUGUGUGCGCAAGGCAUGAUUUGCAAAGUACUUCAGCUGUACUUGAGAUAUCAAUGUGAAGGAAAUGUAUUCUUAUCACUUUAUUUUAUAGAGUUCCAUUUGUUAGAACAACAUUGGUUUAAUACACAGCACGUUAUGUGCCUUACCAAGACUUACAGAGAGCCUGAUUUACAGGUCAUAUUGCCAUGGUAACUUUCUGGUCACUGCACACAGACUUAUCAUUGGCUGAUUCAUAUUAUUCUAGAAACUUCCUUUUAACAGUAUAAGCACUGAUAUGGAUUAUCCAGCAUUGAGGAGACAUAAUGUAGGCUAAAUGUGUUCAUAGUAUUAAUCUUUAGAACAAGGUUAUAAAGAGAACCAGAUAAAUUAUCAUUCUAAGAGCUUCUAGGAACGUACGAUAUGAGAGGUUUGCACAACAUUGUACAGUGCACAGUAUCCUUCCUGAGAGUUAACACAUGGGGUGUAUACAUAUGGUGUUAUCUAAAAUAUUGAAACAAAUGUCAAUUAAUCAUUUUUUUCCCACCUUCCCCCAUUUUUGAGGAAGUCUUUGAUCAAGCAGCAAAAUAAUAACUGUGUCAUGGAUUUGUUUCCUCUUAGAACUGGAUAUGCUUAUCUGAACUUUCAUUAGGGAGUCGCCAGUGCACAUUAUUUAGGGUUUUGCAAGAUUCUCAGCAAAUACUUGCAUUUUGUCAUGUAAAUAUUCUCUUCCCCCCCCCACUCUGUACAGUAAAUAGACAGAAAGGAUGUUACUCUACGGAUUUAUGUUUUACCAUAUUGAUUAGAUGAUAUUUUAAGAAUUACACUUAAGGUUAACAAUCUAACCGUGCUGCAAAAUGUAUCAGAUAAAAAUCAAUGGUAUAGAUAAACACUUCAAAAAAAUUUCUAUAUCCUCCCUAUUGUUUUUCAGACUAAUACAAUGCUUUACUGCACCUUUACAGCAGAAGUGAACCCUUUUAGAUACAUCAUUUUAUGCCAGUCAGAGUGCUUUUUUAACAACAUAAAACAUGAUGAUGAUGGGAAUGAAUCCAGUUAUUUCCCAUAUCCAUUUGGUGGUAAUUUGCAGUUUUAAUACCCACUUAUAUAAAGUAAAGGUAUUUCUCAGGAAUUUUGGAUGGGAACAGUCAAAAAGAAACAUAUCAUUUAAGUAAAUUGCCUAAUUACCUAAUCAAUAAACCACUGAACUCAUUUAAUUGGAUAAACGAGAGCCAUGUGAGGUUUGUUGUAAGUAUUUAGGACUCUCUCGUUCUCUCUCUCUCUCUUUUUUUUAACCAGGAAUGGUUUCAUGGCAAGGCAGUCUGAAGACAUGGUCAUUUGUUGAAUUUUUGGCCCUCCGCUUAGAUAAAAUCCUUUACUUGAAGUUUGUUGUGUUUACUGCAGAUUUUGUUCAUACAUUUUCUUUGUGAAUGAACUGUUAGCCAAACAGAUCUCCACUUUAAGCACAAUAUUUAUAAUAUUUGGUUUAUAACUGAUGUAUAGCUAUCAAUUUGUGAAUUUUGAUCUCAACUUUUUGCCACAUUCUUUUUUGACUCUUUUUUUGUUGUCUUUGUGUGAGAGUUUGUGUUUAAGACGAGCAUGCAUGUCUUUUACUUAUUUAUUGCCAUAUCUUUAGUGUUUCAUUUAUGUUUAUUUAGAUAUCACGCCUGCUCUUUGUGGGUGCAAUAGGUUGAUGAAUUGUGCAUCAUACAGGUUCAGGUUGUAGAAUAGAUGUGGUGAGUUUAAUGAACUGAUAAGAUCUUUGAAAAUGGAUGUGUAUGGAAUAAUAACUCAUUAGAGAAAUUAACAGGCAAUCCCAAAUUUGGGUGAUUUCAUCAGGAAUACUGCCACAAGUUAAGCAUAAAUUUUUAAAGAUAAUUCUUUUGUCCAUAUAUUGUGUUUUUUUCACAAGAUUUUUUCACUUGCUCUCAUAAUACCUUUCUUUGCAUGGAACCAUGUUUUUAAAGUACCCUUAAGAUUGUUAUGCUUGGUCAACUUUCUUAAUUUUAGUUUUAUUUAGUGAAUCCUUUAAAGAUAUCUCAUAAGGUAUCUCUAAACAGUGUGGCAUUUCUUUAAGAGCUAUAGAUGUGAAACCAGUCCUCUGCAUUUCCUGUCAAUCUCUGUGUUUCUAUCGGAGAGUCGAGCUUAUAGUUUUUAGUAAUAGUACUAUGUAUAAGUAGUAUUGUUUGAUUGGAUGUGUGGGUGUCAGGGAAAGAUGACUUUGCUCUUCCGGAAAAGCUUUCCAGUUCAAUCUUUCAUUUUAACUCACACUUUAAAGAUGUGGCCUUGUAAAAGCACACUAAUAUCAUUUAAUAAACCCAGGUUUAACGUGAGAAGACAUUUUCAGCAGAAGAUAGAAGAAAGAUAUAAGAGAGGUGGGUGAAAAGGACAGGAGGGAUAGUAGCCAGUGUUCUGUGUUAUUUGAUUGUUUUAUUUCCCUUCUCAUUCAUUCUCAUUUGAACUGAUCUCUUUCUUGAUGACUGGUAGUAUAAGACUGCAGUUGUUUUUCAUUUUUAAUGCCCUCCCCAGUAAGGUAUGUCACAUAUGAUUGUAGGUGUAUCUGAAAUCAUAUGCUUGAUUACUUCUGUAUGCGAGUGGGCAUGUGUGUGCGCAGGUGUCUGUGUGUGCACAUUUGUCCGUGCACAUGUGUUUGUGUGUGUGUGUGUGUGUGUGUAUGAAAAGGAACAGAGCACAGUGCAAUGGUUAUCUAUUAUGUCUGCUGUAAAUAAAUCUGUCCCCUUUCCAUAGCCUUUUAAUAUAUGGAGACAAAUAUUUAAAAUAAUGAAAUUUGAAAUACAAGAUUUUUUUAUAGCCACAUGGGGAAAAGUUAUUAGACCACUGGACCAGAAACACAGUGCCAUUCUAAUAGCAUCCGAGAAUCAGAAUUUAAGACAAAAAGUAGACAUUUGUUGUCUUCAAUUCUGUCUUUCUUGUAUUUUAAUCACUUACUUUAAAUGUUACUUAUGGAUCAGAACUGUACAGAUUCUGUAAAUAUGAUACAAAUGGUUUCUUUUUCUUUCUUUCUGUUUUUGUAUAGAGAGAUUACAUGUGUUAAGACUACAAUAAUAAUUUAAUGAGACAUUUCACAAUACUUAAGCUAUUGAGAAUACAGACACAGUGUGAAAAUAAGUGCUAAGAUAUAUUCUUCUGUCUCUUUGUACAAAACGGUGUUGACUCAAAACAAAAUAAAAGGGAGAUAUCUCAAG